AUGAGCUCGCCUCCCCUCCUUCGCCCAGCUAUACUUGUCAUCUCCGACACCGCGGCAGCCGAUCCAUCAACCGACAAAUCCAUCCCCAUCCUCAAGGACGUAUUCUCCCAAGACGGGGCGGGGAAAUGGACUGAGCCGCUGUUUGAGAUUGUCAAGGACGAUGUGCUGGAGAUCCAGCGGGUGGUCCGCUCGUGGACGGAUUCCGAGAAUGAAACCACGAAUGGCGGCGUGGUCAACUUGGUCGUCACGACCGGGGGCACAGGCUUCGCGCGACGAGACUUUACUCCGGAAGCUAUUGCGCCUCUGAUCCACCGUCAUGCUCCCGGUAUCGUCCACGGGAUGUUGUCUGCUUCGUUCCAGAUCACGCCCUUCGCCAUGAUGUCGCGGCCUGUGGCUGGCGUGAGAAAUAAAUCCAUCAUUAUCACCUUGCCCGGGUCGCCCAAGGGCGCCAAGGAGAACCUUCAAGCUGUGUUGAAACUGUUGCCACAUGCAUGUUUGCAAGCGGCAGGCCAGGAUUCCAGAGCGGCCCAUGUGGGAGGAGUAAAGAAGCUGGAGAAGGAGGCGGGAGUUGGCCCAGCAGCUUCCGGUGGUGCUGCUUCAGCAACGCUGAGCGCGACGGCGGGGCCAGCCGCUACAGCAACUGGCGGACAUGAUCAUGGCCAUUCUCAUCAACACAAUCACCAUCACAACCACGACCACGACCACAGCCAUGGAGGCGGCGGGCACAGAAUCCCAAAAGCACACACCACCCCCGCCGAGCGACCUCAACUACAAUCCAACGACCCCAGACUCGGGGCCACCGCACGGCACCGAUCAUCCCCAUACCCCAUGCUGAGUGUCUCAGAUGCCGUGUCGAAAAUUCUAGAGACCGCACCGUCUCCCACAAUCGAAAUGAGAGGCGUAUCACCCGACCUGGUAGGCUACGUGGCCGCGGAAGACAUCAAAGCCGCAGAGUCUGUGCCGGCCUACCGCGCGAGCAUAGUGGACGGAUACGCAGUUAUCGUCCCCACCGCCGACAAGGACAAGGCGACUUCUUCGCAAAAUAGUAGUAUCAAGGGCGUCUUCCCCGUCGCCUCUGUCUCGCACGCCCAAGCGUCGUCCUUACCCCCUCCUCUCCAAAAGGGCCAGAUCGCCCGCAUCACCACGGGGGCGCCGCUGCCGGAAAAUGCCAACGCGGUAGUCAUGGUCGAAGACACGGUCAUCUCCACACUCACGCCGGACGGGAAGGAAGAAGCCAGCGUGGAAAUCCUCACGGAUGAACUCGUGGAGGGUGAAAACAUUCGUGAACCGGGCAGCGACAUCGAACUGGGUCAAGUGGUUGUGGCCAAGGGCACGCAGAUCAGUGCGUUGGGCGGAGAGAUCGGAGUGCUCGCGGCAGCGGGGAUCAAGACAGUGCCAGUAUACAGAAAACCACGGGUGGGAGUCAUGUCGACAGGCGACGAGGUGAUGGACGUUACAUACGAGGGGCCACUAAGCGGCGGCAUGAUCCGCGACUCGAACCGACCAUCGCUACUGACACUGUUACGAGGAUGGCGGAUGUGCGAGGAAGUCGUGGACCUAGGGGUCGCGCGGGACACACCGCACAACGAACUCGAACACAAGCUGCGCGACGCGUUCCAGCUCCAAAAUCUGGACCUGGUCAUCACAACCGGGGGUGUGUCGAUGGGCGAACUCGACCUUUUGAAACCGACCAUCGAGCGCGCGCUGGGGGGACAAGUCCACUUCGGCCGCGUGAGCAUGAAGCCCGGCAAACCCACCACUUUCGCCAGCGUGCCCAUCAAAAAUCCCAUCCAUGACGCCGGUACGGGCGCGGGCGCUGGCUCGCGAGAGAAGAGACUCAUCUUCGGCCUCCCGGGAAACCCAGCCAGCGCGCUCGUCACGGCCAACCUGUUCGUGCUGCCCUGCGUCCAGCACAUGACGGGCCUUCCCGAGGCAAAGGGGUGUCAGCGUGUCAAAGUGCGCGUCCAGGGCCGGGUGCGCUGCGACAAGGCCCGCGUCGAGUACCAUCGCGUCUUGGUCUCGGUCGAUCCCAGUGACGGCGCGGGCAGGCUCGUGGCCCGGAGCACGGGCAUGCAGAGGAGUUCGAGGGUCGGCAGUCUGGCGAGUGCCAAUGGAUUGUUGGUCCUUCCUCAAAGGGAAGGAUAUAUUGAGGACGGAGGCGAGUGUGAGGCCCUGAUGGUCGGUAUGGUGCUUGGAUAUUGA